UAUUAUCUCUCUCCGAACCCUCCGAAAAGUUGGACAGUGACUCAGCUGACAACUGACGUUCCUAUGGCAACAAUCAUAAUGCUUCGAGAACCUUCCAUUUAUUAUCCAUCGCCUUCUUCUUCUUCUACAAUACCAUCAUCUGUAUUGAGGAUUUCAAUUUCACUUAGGAAGAAAUAUCCAACUAUUCUUCUUGGUCAGAAAACAACAACUUUUUGUUCAACUUCUCCAUCUCAUAAUAUUAUAAAGCCGUUGACAUCAACUGAUCUCUCUGGUUCGUUAAAGGAUGGAGCUGGACUUCGAGUGGCAUACCAGGGUGUUAGUGGAGCAUACAGUGAAUCAGCAGCUGAGAAAGCAUACCCAAAUUGUCAAACUGUUCCUUGUGAGCAAUUUGAUAUCGCGUUUCAGGCGGUUGAAAAUUGGAUUGCAGAUAGGGCAGUUUUGCCUAUUGAGAAUUCUUUGGGAGGUAGCAUCCACCGGAAUUACGAUCUUUUACUGCGACAUAGGUUACAUAUUGUUGGAGAGGUGCAAUUUUCAGUCAGACACUGCUUAUUAGCCAAUCAUGGUGUAAAAGUUGAAGAUCUUACAAGGGUUCUCAGUCAUCCACAAGCUCUUGCUCAGUGUGAGCACAGAUUAACAAAGCUACGAGUGGUUAGAGAAUCCACCGAUGAUACAGCUGGUGCUGCUCAGUUUGUUGCUCUGCAUAAACUCAAAGACACAGGUGCAGUUGCUAGUAUAGGUGCUGCCAGAAUAUAUGAUUUAAAUGUUCUAGCUCAAGAUAUACAGGACGAUUCAGAUAAUAUCACCCGCUUUCUGAUGCUGGCUAGAGAACCAAUUAUUCCGGGCACGAAUAGACCCUUCAAAACGAGCAUAGUUUUCUCCCUAGAAGAAGGUCCUGGUAUGCUGUACAUGGCACUUGCUGUUUUCUCUAUGAGAGAUAUCAAUCUGACCAAGAUUGAAAGUCGUCCUCAGCGAAAACGUCCUCUUUUACAACCUGUUGGAGAUGGGGAUGGUUUGAAGCAUUUCGACUAUCUCUUCUAUUGUGAUUUUGAAGCAUCAAUGGCCGAUCACAACGCCCAAAAUGCUCUUAAGCAUUUAAAGGAGUUUGCUACAUUUUUGAGAGUUUUAGGGAGCUAUCCAAUGGAUAUCAACUUGAUAUGAACAGUUAGGAUUAAACUUCAGAUGACUGUCGUGCACAUUGUAGAAACUGGCACACACAGUCGCACAGUUGCGUGAUGUCCAAACGACUGGAGAUAGUAAUACCUUGGAGGUCAAUGGCUCAAAUCCCUAUACUUUGUUAUCUGACAGAAAUACGGUUUGGAUCACCAUAUGAUGGUAAAAGUAGAUUAUGCAUAUAGUUCUUAUUGUGAAGUUUUUGUUGUUUCAGCAGGUCUUGAAAAUGGUUUUGUUUUGUCAACCAAAUUUUGAAGGUAGGUUAUGUAUAGUUUUGGUAAUAGAAGUUAGUUGUUUCAUCACAUCUUAUGUGUGUUCUGCUUUAACAAUAUUUUUUGACUUUGAGAACAAUAUCUUCGAUAAUUGAUUACAAUCAUCUAGUCA